GGGAAAGCACCCGGAAAUAGGUUGGUCUGUCAUUUUUAGAGACGGCACAGAAGUAGGAGAAAGUCUGAUAGAAGGAUUUGUUUACUUGUAUUUGUUUUUGGUUGGUCGAGAUUGUAGGUUAUUAUGGCAUCGCUUUUCAAGAAGAAGACGGUGGACGAUGUCAUCAAGGAGCAGAAUAAGGAGCUGAGAGGAACACAGAGGCAGAUCACGCGAGACCGAUCGGCACUGGAGAAACAGGAAAAACAGCUGGAGAUGGAGAUCAAGAAGAUGGCCAAAUCGGGGAACAAGGACGCGUGUAAGAUCCUGGCCAAACAGCUGGUGCAGCUGAGAAAACAGAAGACCAGGACAUACGCCGUCAGUUCCAAAGUCACGUCCAUGUCCACUCAGACCAAACUCAUGCACUCGCAGAUGAAGAUGGCAGGAGCCAUGGGCGCCACCGCUAAAACGAUGCAGGCAGUCAAUAAGAAGAUGGAUCCUCAGAAGACUUUACAGACUAUGCAGAACUUCCAGAAAGAGAAUGCGAAGAUGGAGAUGACUGAAGAGAUGAUGAACGACACGCUGGACGACAUCUUCGAGGACUCGGGAGACGAGGAAGAAUCUCACGACAUUGUGAACCAGGUGCUGGAUGAGAUCGGCAUCGAGAUCUCGGGAAAGAUGGCCCACGCUCCCUCUGCUAACCGAACCAAGCCUGCCGCCGCCGCCUCCACCUCCAAAGCAGAUGGGAUAUCAGACGAGGAGAUAGAGAGACAGCUAAAAGCUCUCGGAGUGGACUAGCGCAGACGCGUACAUCUCUGAUUUGCCUGGCAACACACACACACACACACACACACACACACUACUGAACUCUCAGCCUUGACAUUUGCAGUCACAUAAACAUACCUACAUAAAGGGGAGGAAGCACCACAGCAGGAAAAUUCUAUUCGGUUGUUGUGGUAGGACUCGCCACUGUUUAAACUGUGUUGAAAAUACAUAAAUAAAUAACUUGUACAUUUUUACAGAACACUGUUCAGAUAUACAGUUUUCGAUGCAUGCUUGUAUAUUCAUAGUUUUAUUCACUAUUGUAAAAAAUUAAAUAUUAAAUAUCUCGAAUGUGUAUUGGAAUGAAAGGUUGAGAUCAAAUGAUUAAGCAAAAAAAAAAAAACACCUUUCCUUUCCCUGAACUCUCUAGAGAGAUCUACCUCCAAUUACAGACUAGGAAAAAAGUGGCAUUGUACUUUGGGAGUCGAUGCAUCCUUUAUACUUUCUUACUUUUCACAUCUCUCCUUUUGUUGUUUUAUCCUUUAAAAAAAAUAGCAACCUUCAAUCCUGGCACUUCUUGUUAAAAUUACUUCCAAAACCCCAGCUAUAUACUUCUAGCACUUUAUUCUUCCUUCAUGUCCUCCAGCUACCUAUCUGCCUGAUUGCUUUUCUGGGAUUUCAGCUGAAUAACAAAUGAAUAAGAGCUAACGAAUGGUGAAGAUCAGCAGUUAGCAUGACCGAGCUAGAUUACUUUCACGCCUUGCUCUUUUGAUUUAUUUAUCACCGGCCAAACCUUUUGCCAUUUUCGAACUGUCCGUCAUCAUGGCUUCGUUAAAAGAGAACGGAUGACGAGACAAGGCGGACGUUUUUUUUAACCGGGUCAUUUACAUUGCACAUGCUGUCGCGGUCUUAAGCUUCGGUGUUCAUUAAGGACAUCUUAUUAUGUAGGAGCGCUGAGAAGUAGGCUUGGUAGACUCCAGGCCAACUUUGAGGUCAGUCUGGAUGUGAAAAUUACAGUUACUCAUUUUCUUAACGGAAGGGUUUGUACUCUUUACCUCACGAGCUUGUCGUUCGGAGUGGCUAAAUUUAAUCUGAGCCGUUUAUCACUGCCGAGGGCCGAGUGCGGCCCCGGAGCGAGAUCGUUUCUUUAAUUAAAAACACAAUCGGUGAUGGGAUUUCAUUAACAACAGCUCUGAAUCUAAUUUGAACCCCACACCAGGCACAAUCCACUGUGUAGUCUUUAUAAAUGUGUAAAUAGUGCAAGUGUGGAUGAUUUUAUUAUUUUUUUUCCCCUCUGUUUCUUGUUCCUAAGCAUAUUUAUCAGAGGUAUGGGAUAUUGAUAUUUGUUCAACAUUUUGGGAGAAUUUUUUUUUUUGUUAACCGUGAAUAAAACGCCUUUUUAACUA